AGCUACCAAUCGCAAGCCCAGUGCCCGUACAGUAGCAUCUUAAGCUUGGUACAUCUAGAUAUCUCCUAUCAAAUACAACAUUGAACUACACAUCCAACGAUCCAACGAUCCAACUGGACCACACCCACGCUGCCUAAUCCGAUUGACUCACAAAUAUGGCGUCUCACGCAGACUACAAGGACAGGCAAUUCCUAGCCGUCAUCGGUGACGAGGAUUCAGUCACGGGCCUCCUCCUAGCAGGAAUAGGUCACGUCACGAACCCGCCGGACUCGCAAAAGAACUUCCUAGUCGUCGACAACAAGACGGACACCUCGGCCAUCGAGGCCGCCUUCGACUCGUUCACCACGCAGCGCAAGGACAUCGGUAUCAUAUUGAUCAAUCAGCAUGUCGCCGACAAGAUUAGGCAUCGAAUCGAUACCUACACAUCUGCCUUCCCUACCAUACUCGAGAUCCCUAGCAAAGAGCACCCGUACGACCCUGAGAAGGACAGCGUGCUAAGAAGAGUGAGGCGUCUGUUUGGAGAGUAGAGAUGUUAUACAGUGUUAUAUAGGAUCACUAUUACGAAAUGGCUACGAGGUCGAGGUUGUAUUGUAUAUAUCCACCGUUCGCAAACAUCAAAGGGGUUUCGUGGUUUGCAAUACACCAGCAGAGGUCUGAAGCCAGGG